AUGAGUAGAAGUGGAGUGGCUGCAACGCAACGUUUAGUGCCAAAACGUCAAACACUUGACGAAGCAUAUGCACCACCCGCCAAUUUCUUGGAAAUUGAAGUUGUUAAUCCGAUAACUCAUGGCGUUGGAAAGACGCGAUAUACGGAUUAUGAAAUUAGAUUACGCACGAAUUUACCAGUAUUCAAACAUAAGGAAUCGAGUGUUCGUCGUCGUUAUUCUGAUUUUGAAUGGCUUCGAGUGGAAUUAGAGCGUGAUAGCAAGAUAAUGGUUCCAGCAUUGCCAGGUAAAGCACUAAAGCGUCAGCUUCCAUUUCGCACCGAUGAUGGCAUUUUUGAAGAAUCAUUCAUUGAAGAAAGGCGAAAAGCUCUUGAACAAUUUAUCAAUAAAGUAGCAGGUCAUCCACUUGCACAGAAUGAGCGAUGUCUUCACCUGUUUCUCCAAGAGCCUUUAAUUGACCGGAAUUAUGUGCCAGGCAAAAUUCGUGUAACGUAA